AUGCUGCCCACGACAACACUCACAAAUUCGACGUCGUCGCUCAACACGACCCUUUUCAACACUACCAUCCCGGAUGGCCAGCUUCCCCUGCAGCCUGUUGUGACACCGGCCUGGGGUGUGGGCGGUGUCCUCAUGCUUUUGACUGGUGUUGUUUACGCUCUGGUUGGCAUUCGCAACAAGAUGCUACACACGUUCUUUUCCACUGCCUACUUGGCCAGCCUCGGCACCACGGUCCUGGUCAUCUACGUCAUGUCGCCGCCCAUCAGCAACGCCAUUCAGGGGGCCUACCUGGUUGCCGCUGUAUGCACGGGUCUCAUUCUCGGCGGUAUCGCGAUCGUGUUUAAGGAAAUCACCGAAGGUUUCGGCUGUCUACUCGGAGGUUUCUGCUUUAGUAUGUGGCUUCUGUGCGUGCGCCAGGGAGGUCUCCUCCAGAGCUUGAGUGGCAUCAUCAUUUUCAUUGUCGCCUUCACCAUCGGUGCAUAUGCAUUUUACUUUAGCCACUGGACUCGUCAGUAUGCGCUCAUGGCUUGUAUCGCAUUCGGCGGUGCCACAGUCACGGUCAUGGGCAUCGACACCUUCAGCCGUGCUGGACUCAAGGAGUUCUGGGCCUAUAUCUGGCGCCUUAAUGACAAUCUCUUCCCACUCGGUGCCGACACGUACCCCAUCACCAAGGGUAUACGUGUGGAGCUUGCGGCGAUCAUUUUGCUAUUCUUGGCGGGUGUUGUCUCGCAGCUGAAAUUGUGGCGCCUGGUCCAGGAACGGCGGGCCAAGCGGGACGCCGAGCGUCUUGAGGACGAGCAAAAGCUGGCAAAGGAAGAGGAGAUCGUCGGCCGCCAGGUCGAGGCGGCCAACGCGCGCGACCGCGAGGCGUGGGAAGCGUCCUAUGGCGACGGCACGUACGUUCCUCCGCCGCCGGCCACUGCAGACGACCAGCAUGGUUCGGGUGACUCGGGCGUUGGCAGCAUGGACAGCGAGAAGCAAACGGCCCGCAGCCAAACGACGUCGAUCUAUCGGCAGUCGCGGCAGCCCUACAGCGAGGGCGAGGGCGAGCCCCAAGAGGAAGCCGGUUCGAUCGAGAUGGCCGACAUGCAGCCCUCGCCGCAGGUCUCGCAGCAGCCCAAGGCCGCCGCCGAAGUCGUCAUGGAGCAGGAUGCGCAGGACGGUGGGGUUAUGGUCCGCGUUGCGCAGGACGAGUACCCUGGUGGCCUUCCUCCUCAGGAGCCGGAAUCUCGCGGCUCUUCGCGCCGGAUGUCUGCUCAAAAUGCCGGCGCUGCGGUUGUGUCCAGCUCCCCCGGCAUUGUACCCCUUCCUUUCAAAGUCCCUGAGGGUGGUGCCGAGGACGAAAGUGACGAGAUCAACGAGAAGACGCGUGACGACCGGUCAUCUGUGGCCACUUUUGCCGACGAAGACGAAAAGACGGCGGCCGCAGCCGUGUCGAGAAGAACCUCUCGGACCCCCACAACUCUUGCCAAGCGUUUCUCACAAAAUUCCGCCGGCUUGCUGCGUAGCAUCUCGCAACGAUCCAAGCGUAAUAGCGUCGUUCUCGACAAGAACAGCCCAGAGCUUGGCGGCCAGAGCCAGGAAGAGCUCGUGUCGCCGCGGUCCAGUCGGAUGGCCUUCCGUGAGGACGAUGACAAUAGCUCCCUUGCCGUGACGAUGGAUGGUAUGAGUUCCGACGAGGGCGACGAUGACCGGAGCACGAUCCGAGACGGCGAAAGGAACGAAAAGUCCAAGGAUAUCGAGGUGAAGCCAGAGCUGUCCGACGGUUUUGCCAACAACGAUGACGAUGCAGCUAGCCUGAAGCCUCCGCGAAAAGUGAUCGCCGACAGCAAGCACAUUUCGGCUGUAACCGUGUCCACAGAAAUCCUGGAAGUGACGUCCUCCACUUCGGCAGGCGAGGCGAAGACGACGGAGGCGACAGAAACGCACGACAUAACUGACCUUCCGCCCAAGUCGCCAACCGUCCCUGCGGCGAAGUCAACGGUCUCGGUUGACUCGGUGCCUGCCAUGCUCACCAAGGACCGCCUUCCGCGGUCGCUGUCGCGCGUCGCCAUGUCAUACCGCACAAAUGAGUGGGCCAAGCACCUCAGCAAUGCGGAGACGCCCGAAUUCGAGACACUACAGCUCGGUGAACCUCAACUGCCGCCGACCUCGCCUACAACUUCUACUCAUACUAACACCAAGCGCGCUUCCGGGACAGGUGAGACGCCGGUGGCCUCGCCUGUUGUUGACGACGGAGAGGCUCCUGCUCCUCUCAACGUGGUCCACCUGCAACAGACGGCCGAAACAGGAGCUCCCGCACCACUUGCACCACGGUCAGCGUCGGCCAUGUCGUCUUACGGAAUGUUGUCGCAGUCCAAGUCUUACCAGUCCCUCGGCGGCCAGGAUUCGGCGGCGCUUGACGGUGCCGGUGCACGAGGCAGCCACAUGUCGACGGCCAGCACUGCCGCAGCUGGAGUUAACAGUCUUGGCAAUGGAUACCGCAGCAUAUCGGCCAGCCAGCUCACCAACCGAGUUUCGGGCCUUCAAAAUGAGCCGAUUGCGGAAGAAAAUGACGCGGCCACCAAAGCCGACGGCGCUGGUGAGGGAUCGGAAGAGGCGAUGCCGAAGACGGUUUCCUCGCCAUUUCCCAGUCGUGGCAGUAUGCAAGCCGUUCCUGGUGUUGUCUCGUUUAACGCACCUCAGACGUUAAUCGGCCAGCGCGAUAUGCUACUUCGGAGCAAGUCACAACAAGGGAUGUACAUCGGCGGCUCGAUUGUCAACUCGGCUAGCAUGGCAAGCCUUACAACAGCCGGCAACACAGGCAGCAUGACCAUGCUUCCCGGUGCCGGCGUGGUGCCGUCAUCGGGUGCCAGCGAUGGUGGCAGCGGUUCCAUAUACAACUUUUACCCGGGAUCCGGGGCUGUGGGACCUGCGUCGAAUGUGGACCUCGAUGACCUUCCGAUGAACCAGCGUCGCGAGCUAAUGCGCAACAGCAGCCUAAUGAGCCUCUCGCGACCCGACAGCAUCAAUGCUGGAUACUUUGGCCACUACAAUGGCGGCCUGCCGGUUUCCAUGUCAACGCCCGCUAUUGUCAACAACGGCGUGUCAACCCCGACGGCUGGCAGCGUACCAUUCGACAGCCAUCAGCCCAAGCGCGACCAGGCACACCUCCCGACGGCGGCGGCACGCCAAGCUCAGCUCGCUACGUUUCGCAGCUCGGUUGCGGCCGACCUGCGCUCGGGCGCAGCAGUUACAAAGAGCAACCGCGAGUCCCUGACGUCACCGUACCUCAACAGCAACAACGGCUUCGCGUCGCCGCCGACGGGAUAUGGCCGUGAACAAGAGGUGCAGCAGAACAUCAACUUGCAGCGCAACUUCCUCAUGGGCCAGAAAGAGGCCGAGGCGCAGCGUCGAGAGCUUGAGCGCGCCGAGAAGGAGCGCAACGAGCGUGCCUUUGAGGAGCGCAUGCGGCGGGGUGACCUGCUCGAGGCUCACCGCGAUGCGAUGCGGCGCAUGCAAGCGUCGGCCGGAAAAUAA